UCUAGCGAGAGACAAAGACUAGAAUUGCCAAUAUUUUAUAUGGUUGGGUGAGAAGCUUGUUUAAAGAGCUGCAAGUGGUUCAAACCCUGGCCACUGAUUGGUCAGAAAGAGAGUUGAAGCUUCUUCAGCAUUAAUGGAGAUUUUGUGGCUAUUAUUGUAUUCGUUCGUGUUGUUGUUGAAGGCCUUUGUCUUCGUUCAUGGAGGAGGCAACAUAACGUACGAUGGAAGGUCUUUAAUCAUCAACGGCCACCACAAGAUUCUCUUCUCCGGCUCAAUCCACUAUCCUCGUAGCACUCCGGAGAUGUGGCCAUCUUUGAUUGACAAAGCCAAAAAAGGGGGAAUAGAUGUGAUACAAACCUAUGUGUUUUGGAACCUUCAUGAGCCCCAGCAAGGACAGUUCGAUUUUAGUGGAAGACGUGAUAUAGUAAGAUUCAUUAAGGAAAUCCAAGCACAAGGCCUAUAUGUGUGCCUUAGACUGGGACCCUUUAUAGAGGCUGAAUGGUCUUAUGGAGGUCUACCAUUUUGGUUACAUGACAUUCCGGGCAUUAUCUUCCGAUCUGACAAUGAACCAUUUAAGUUUCACAUGCAGAGGUUUGCGAAGAACAUAGUAGACAUGAUGAAAUCAGAGAGACUGUAUGCUUCACAAGGAGGGCCAAUUAUACUGUCACAGAUUGAGAACGAGUACAAGUCGGUAGAAGCAGCUUUUCAUGAGAAAGGGCCACCUUACGUUCGUUGGGCUGCAGCCAUGGCUGUGGGGCUUCAAACUGGUGUGCCCUGGUCAAUGUGUAAGCAAGAUGAUGCCCCUGACCCUGUGAUAAAUUCAUGCAAUGGGAUGCGAUGUGGAGAAACAUUUGCCGGACCCAACUCGCCAAAUAAGCCGGCAUUGUGGACGGAGAACUGGACAAGUUUCUAUCAAACAUUUGGUGAAGAGACGUUGAUGAGGUCAGCUGCACACAUUGCAUUUCAUGUUGCAUUGUUCAUCGCAAAGAAAGGAAGCUACGUAAAUUAUUACAUGUAUCAUGGAGGCACCAAUUUUGGAAGAACAGCCGCAGCAUAUGUAAUCCCAAGUUAUUAUGAUCAAGCUCCUCUUGAUGAGUAUGGUUUAAUUAGACAACCAAAAUGGGGUCAUCUUAAGGAGCUGCAUGCUGCUAUAAAGUUAAGCUCAAGUCCUUUACUCUCAGGAGCACACACUACCUUUUCUUUGGGUGAAUUGCAACAAGCUUAUGUCUUUAGUAAGUCAGAAGAAUGUGCUGCAUUUUUGGUAAACAAUGAGAGCAGAGAUGUCCAAGUUUUCUUUCAGAAUUUUCUAUAUGAAUUGCCUCAAAAUUCAAUCAGUAUCCUACCAGAUUGCAAGACUGUAGUCUUCAACACUGCAAAGGUGAGCACUCAGCAUAAUACAAGAUCAACGAUCCGGAGCCAAAAGUUUGACUCAAUUGAAAAAUGGGAAGAGUACAAAGAAGUUAUCCCGGACUUUCACAAGACUUCAUUAAGAGCAAAGACAUUGUUAGAGCAAAUGAAUACAACAAAAGAUACAUCUGAUUAUCUUUGGUACACUUUCAGGUUUCGGCAUGAUAGCCCAAGUGCUCAAUCUGUACUAAAUGUUGCAUCUAGUGGACAUGUUGUACAUGCCUUUUUAAAUGGAGGUCACGUAGGAUCUGCACAUGGAAGUCACCAGCACAAAACUUUCACCUUGAAGAAUACUCUGAGGUUAAGAAAUGGGACAAAUUUCAUCUCCUUACUUAGUGUAAUGGUUGGAUUACCGGAUUCAGGAGCAUUUCUCGAGCGUAGAGUUGCAGGCUUGCGUCGAGUAAGAGUCCAAGGCAAAGAUUUCUCUAACCACCCAUGGGGAUAUCAGGUUGGAUUGUUAGGAGAGAAACAACAAAUAUAUACAGAUCUUGGAUCAAGACAAAUUAAAUGGAGUAGGUUUAGAAAAUCUACUCAUCAAAGACCCACAUGGUACAAGACUACGUUUGAUGAACCUGCUGGAAACGACCCCGCUGCACUGAAUCUUGGUUCCAUGGGAAAGGGAGAAGCUUGGGUCAAUGGCCAUAGCAUUGGUCGAUAUUGGGUAUCAUACCGCACCUCAAAUGGAAAUCCUUCACAAACAUGGUACAAUGUACCUCGAUCCUUCCUCAAGCCUAAAGGCAACCUAUUAGUUCUACUAGAAGAAGAAAGAGGGUACCCCUUGGGGAUUUUCCUGGACACAAUUUCAAUAACAAAAGUAUGUGGAUUUGUGUCUGGUUCCUAUUUGCCCUCAGUUACUUCAUGGAGGAGACAAGAAGGAAGCGGAAAAAUCUAUCAAAAGAAACCUGGCAGAAGACCUAAACUCCAGCUCCACUGUCCUCCAAAACGUAUCAUAUCCAAGAUCUUAUUUGCGAGCUUCGGAACACCUUCUGGGGAUUGUGAGAGUUAUGAUAUUGGAAGCUGUCAUUCAUCUAAUUCCAGAGACAUCGUAGAAAAGGCAUGUCUAGGAAAGAAUAGAUGCUCCCUCACUGUAUCAAGUCAUACUUUUGGUGGUGAUUCGUGCCCAGACUUUCCUAAAGCUCUAUUGGUUGAUGCACAAUGCUCGUGACCCUGCAUAAUUUAGUACCAUCUUUUACAUGGAGGAGAUUAAUACUAUCAAUUCCUAUUUUUACCCAAAGAUGUGUAAAGAAGUAACUGAAGACAUCAUCACAAUUGUGUUAUGAUUUUUUAUUGAUGAUCGGAAGGAAUAUAAUUGAGUAGCGUUUAAUUACUAGUUGGCUUAUCAGUGAGUGGAAAACUCUCUUUGUGGACACUUCCAGAUAUAACUUGACUUCUAUUUACAACACAUACAGAUGUUAUCCAAUUACGCCUUAGGAGCUUGAUUGAUAAAUAUGCAUCAGUGCUUAGUUCUACAGACCCAGUGAACUGAUAUAUUUCAGCAGAAAAAAACAUAUUUGUCAAUAUAAAGUUUCAACUUGUAUCACCUGUGAGUUAACGAUCCCAAAAAUAGAAAACGACCACAAAGCAACAUUGUCUUUGCACGGAAUCAAAGGGUGAAGGUAACAAAGGUAUGAGUCAGGGAAGAUAAAGGGAAUGGGCAUAUACAUUGAAACAUAUCAAUUAAAAAACAAAAAUGAUGUGCAAAAGUCAAAAACUGCUCAAUCAGGAAAAGGAACAAGGAACAAUCUCCAGAAAAUUAUAAUAAUGAUAAAAAUACACCAUCCAUUGUGCAUACGACGGAUAAAAAAUGGCUAAAUGCCCAACUUACAAGAGUCAGCUCCAAGUAGUAACUGAUGGGAAUUAGAAAUCAUGCCGCAAUACACUGAGACUGAGGUUAAAGUUACAUGUGCUUGUAAAACCUG